AUGACUUCCCAAUAUGUGCGUCAUGGUGCACAGAAUAUCGUCGGCCGGCUCCUAGUGGGGUUACUUGUCGUCGCCGUGAUAUGGAGAUGCUCAGUCUUCAUCCUCCAAUCAACAUGGCGAAAGAAACAUUCAACAUCCAAGUCUCAGCAAGCUGGAACACACGAACAUCAACUGGUAGCGAAAGAGUUCGAUUGGGCAACAACAGAGCCUAAGAAGCUACGCCCUUUCAAGCCCAUCUACCAUAUCACGAUGGCGAUUCAAAACAACUCUCUAUCGGAGCUGAUAAUUAUGGAUAGAAAUUAUCUAUCCAGAAUCAACCUAAGGCGGCAGCUCAUGGAGCGCCACCAAAGAACAGUCUAUGGUUGCCUUCCGACUGGUAGAGAAGCCGUUCAUGAGCUAUACGCUUUCCUCAUGGGAGAGCAUUUACCGAGCCACCACCCAUCCAUAUUCCGACUGACCGACUCCAGGAAGAUGCUCGAAAACACGGUGACGGGGCGAAGCUUUCCUGUCAACCCGUACGAGGAUGGGGAACAGUGUCUCCGAGUCCUUGGACAGACCGUCGAGGAAGACAUGUUUCUCCUCCACAAGACUCCCGACGGGCAUUUCACCGAUGCGUUUGUCUGCUGCUUCCCAUCGGGAUUCAACCCAUCCGAGAAGCUGGGGAAACUGUUGAGAGAUGUUCAUGGGCCCGUCCCGUCGUACGAGAAGAUCGGGGCGAGCAUGGAGAGAUAUUUCAGCAAGCUGGAAGUUGGGAAGAGUGUGAAGAGGAACAACUGGUCGAUUCAAACACACCCGGAACUGUUUGACUGCGGGGGUGACGCUACCACAGCAAAGGAUGAGCCUGGUCGAGGGGAAGACAUCCGCAUAGAAGAGACUUACUUUCGAUCAGAGUUGCAGGCGCUUACGAGAUUGCCCAAAACGGGCUCAGUCUUGUUCUCCUUCAAAACUUACAUGUAUCCGAUCAGCGAUAUUAAGAAGGAAGGGCUGGGCCCAGAGCUGGCAGAUGCGAUGGAGGGGCUCAAGAAGGGGAAUGCACCGGGAAUGUGGCGCUACAAAGGGGCGGAGAGGUGGGCAGAGAAGCUUUGCAGCUACUUGCGUUCACCAUAG